AUGGGCUACGACUGCGAAAAGAUGGCCGAAGUCCCUCCAGACCAUGACGGAAUGGGGGUGUCUGGAAAUGAGUGUUCAGAACAGAAGGGGGAGGUCACUCCCAUCAACACUAAUCACUUGGCUAGAAACCUGUCUGCAAGGCAGGUCUCAAUGAUUGCCAUUGGGGGGACAAUCGGUACUGGGUUGUUCUUAGGUACCGGGAAAGCCAUUGCCACUGGAGGUCCAGCCUCCACACUUCUUGCAUACGCCAUCUGCGGAUUCAUCAUUUUCCUCACUAUGCUUUGCUUGGGUGAAAUGGCAGCUUUCAUCCCUGUUUCUGGAUCAUUCUGUACAUUCGCUGGUCGCUUUGUGGAUGAUUCCCUUUCUUUUGCCCUGACAUGGAACUAUUGGUUCAACGACGCUGUUUCAACAGCAACAGAUCUACUCGCACUGCAAAUUCUGUUUCAAUACUGGACAGACAACUUCCCAAGCUGGGCUAUUAGUCUGAUAUUCCUCAUCCUCGUUCUCGCAUGUAAUCUUGCCCCUGUUGGAGUUUAUGGUGAAGUUUCAUACUGGUUAAGCUUACUCAAAGUGGCCACUAUUAUUGUUUUUAUCAUCGUUGGAAUUGUUGUAAAUUGCGGCGGGAACCAGGGCCACCGAUAUAUCGGCGAUCAAUACUGGCACGUUGGCGAAGCACCCUUCGUGGGUGGAAUUGGAGGAUUCGCCUCCGUCUUUGUUACUGCAUCUUUUGCAUACGGAGGCACCGAGUCGAUCGCUAUUACUGCGGGAGAAACCAAAGACCCCGCAAAGACUCUGCCGCGAGUCGUCCGCAACGUAUUCUGGCGCAUCCUGCUGUUUUAUGUCCUAUCUAUUAUCAUUAUCGGGUUCAAUGUUCCAUACAAUCAUGCGGGUCUCUCCGACGGUUCCACCAACUCCAGUCCAUUUACUAUUGUAUUUGUUCAGGCUGGCAGUACCAUUGCGGGAAGUUUCAUUAACGCAGUCAUCUUCACUAGCGCCAUAUCUGCAUCUAAUCAUGCCCUCUUCGUCGGCUCACGACUAUUAUACACACUUGCCAUCAGCGGACAUGCACCGCGAUUCUUUGGCCACGUCAACCGUUUUCAGGUGCCUUGGGUCGCAGUUGUGGGAACACUUGUUAUAAGUAUUCUUUGUUUCGGGGCGAGCUAUAUAGGACAAGGCCGAUUGUGGGUUUGGUUGCAGAAUAUUGUCGGCGUCUCAAACCAAGUGUCCUGGGUAAUUAUUGGUGUAGCCUCGCUCCGCUUCAGAGCUGGGAUUCGCAAACAAAAUAUUGAGCAACUGUUGCCAUACAAGAACUGGACCUACCCAUGGGGUCCGAUCUUCACAGUCGGGUUGAACACGCUUCUGAUUUUGGUUCAGGGCUGGACAAGCUUCAGUCCGAGUUUUAAUGUGGUCGACUUUGUCUCCUUUUAUCUGGAAAUCCCAAUCUUGAUUUUCAUGCUCAUUGGAUGGAAACUCAUCAAGAAGACCAAAAUGGUGAAGACGUGUGACAUGGAUUUUAUCACUGAUCGAUAUGAUACAGUGAUCGACUCCAAUGAAGCAGGAGCUCCUAGGGACUCCGAGAAUCAAGGAAUUACUACAAACCCAAGAAAAAACAGACUACUCGGGACACUGAAGCGAUAUGGCAUGUAUCUCUGUUUCUAG